UUGGAAAAACACUGCAGAAAUACAAUGGAGGCCAGGGAAGAACGCUUUCUUAAACACAGGCAAGUCUUGCUUCUCUUUGUUUUCCUAGGUGGGUCUCUGGCUGGGUCCUGGCCUAGGCGUUAUUCUGUGGCCGAGGAAAACGAGAGGGGCUACUUAAUAGCCAAUCUAGCGAGGGAUCUGGGGCUCAGUGUUGAAGAAGUGGCUGAAAGGAGAGCUCAGGCUAUCUCCAAAGGGAGCAUCCAGUAUUUUCAGCUCAGUCAUCAGACGGGAGAUUUGCUCUUGGCUGAGAAGCUGGACCGGGAGGAGCUGUGCGGUUCCACGGAGCCUUGUGUGCUGCCCUUUCAGAUAUUGCUGCAUAAUCCUUUGCAGUUUAUCACGAAUGAGCUCGAGGUCGUCGAUGUCAAUGACCACGCACCGGAGUUUUUUGAGAAUGCAAUGCAGCUGAAGGUCCUGGAAGGCUCCCCACCCGGGACGGCGAUUCCUCUGGGAAGUGCUGUGGACUCGGACGUGGGGAGAAACGGACUCCAGAACUACACAGUCUCUCCCAGGUCUCAUUUUCACGUUCGCACCCGCCUUCGUAGGGAUGGAAGGAAGUAUCCGGAACUAGUGCUAGACAGCGCUCUGGAUCGGGAGGAGCAGCCAGAGCUCAGCUUAACUCUCACAGCCCUGGACGGAGGAGCCCCGCCUCGGUCUGGCACUGCUCAGAUCCGCAUCCUUGUCUUGGAUGUAAACGAUAACGCCCCAGAAUUUACACAGUCGCUCUACGAGGUUCAAAUCCUAGAGGAAAGCCCAGUUGGCUCUGUCAUUGCCACCGUCUCAGCUUCUGACUUAGAUACGGGAAAUUUUGGUUCAGUAUCAUAUGUGUUUUUUCAUGCUUCUGAAGAAAUUCUGAAAACUUUUCAACUAAAUCCCAGUACUGGUGAUAUACAAUUAGUUAAGGGGUUGGAUUAUGAAACAAUCACUACUUACGAGGUUGACGUAGAGGCCAAGGACGGUGGAGGCCUUUCAGGAAAAUGCACAGUCAUAGUCCACGUAGCUGAUGUGAACGAUAACCCACCAGAACUGACUUUGUCAUCAGUGAGCAGUCUUAUCCCUGAGAAUUCCGUAGAGACUGUGGUGGCUGUUUUCAGUGUUUCUGACUCAGACUCAGGAGAUAACGGGAGAGUUACAUGUUCUGUCCAGAAUGAUCUCCCCUUCAUCCUGAAGCCAUCUGUAGAGAAUUUCUAUACUAUAGUAUCUGAAGGAACUCUGGACAGAGAGAGCAGAGCCGAGUACAACAUCACCAUCACCGUCUCCGACAUGGGCUCACCCAGGCUCACAACCCAGCACACCAUAACAGUGCAGGUGUCCGACAUCAACGACAACGCCCCCGCCUUCACCCAAUCCUCCUACACCCUGUCUGUCCGCGAGAACAACAGCCCCGCCCUGCACAUAGGCUCCAUCAGAGCCACAGACCCAGACUCAGGCUCCAAUGCCCACAUCACCUACUCGCUGCUGCCGCCCAAUGACCCACAGCUGGCCCUCAACUCUUUAGUCUCCAUCAACGCAGAUAAUGGGCAGUUGUUCGCGCUCAGGGCGCUGGACUAUGAGGCCCUGCAGAGCUUUGAGUUCCUUGUGGCUGCCACAGACCAGGGCUCCCCCGCACUCAGCAGCCAGGUGCUGGUGCGAGUCCUGGUGUUGGACGACAAUGACAAUGCGCCCUUCGUGCUCUACCCUCUGCAGAAGGUGGCGCGCGACCCCGCGCAGGAUGAUGAAGACAUGCUAACGCUGUACCUGGUCAUUGCCUUGGCAUCUGUGUCUUCACUCUUCCUCUUGUCUGUGCUGCUCUUCAUCGGGGUAAGACUGUGCAGGAGGGCCAGGGCGGCCCCUCUGGGUGGCUCCUCUUUGCCCGAGGGACACUUUCCUGGUCACCUGGUGGAUGUCAGCGGUAUGGGGACCCUGUCUCAGAACUACCAGUAUGAGGUAUGUCUGACUGGAGACUCUGGGACUGGUGAUUUCAAAUUCCUAAGUCCGGUGAUACCAAACCUGUUUCUGGGAGAAUCUGAGAGAGAAGUUAAGGAAAGUCCCCACUGCAGGAGUAGUUUUGUGGUCAGCUAAGUAUUAUUGUGAUUGGCUCAUCAUCUCUCAGUUCAGGUAAACUUCUUAUUGUAAUUAUUCUUUUAAGAAAUUGUACUAUCUAAACCUUUCCUUUACCAGUAAUUCAACCCAUGGUAUCCCAAAUAGCUUUAAACUUGUUACGUUUUAUUAAUACUAUUUUUCCCUAGGAUUUUGUAGUUAUGGUAUUACAUACACAUUUUCUCUA